CAGAAAUUGACGAGGAGCGACAGUGAUGGCGGUUUCCACUGGCCUUCCCUUGCCCUCUCCCGAUGGUCGGGUCUCUCCGCUCGCUGUCUUGCCCGCCACGUUCUCCCAUCGCCGCCAAGGAAAGGAAUACGAACUCAAAGGAGUCAAAGCCACUAAAAAAUGGAGUCACUCAGUCCAAUGUCCUCCGUUAAUGGAGGACUCUCUGAUAGAUUAUUGAUUCCCUCGUCGCUAUCUCAUCUCUGUAAAAAUAACUCACCCCUGAUUUUCCUUGGCCAACACUCCCUCUUAUUGACUCGAGAGAGAAGAAAAACUGGCAUACUGAAAAAGAUUUCUAAGGAUUCGAUCGUGUUCUAUUAUGGGUAUUAUGUCUGCGUUUCGCUCUCUCUCUACUCUGUUCUUCUCGGAGACCACCGCCGGCGAUAUCUUCCUUAACCCGAUUUCCCUCCGUUUCUUCACCGCUUCUCUGCACCUAAUCUUACUGGCCAUCGUGAUCAUAUCGUGGCUAUGCAACAAAUUUAGGGGAAGAAGGGAAGGGUUUCGAAAACAACACGAUGUUGAAAACACGACUGUUUCCUACUACAAACCUACUCUGUUCUCCACGUUGGGAUUUUCAUUCUACAAUAUUAUUCUGUGCCUGAUGACUCUGUUUUAUUGGUACAGAAAUGGCUGGUCCGAUGAAAAAAUCGUGAUCUCAUUAGAUUUGGGAGUGAGAGUACUCGCUUGGCUGUCUGUGUAUUUUUCCUUGCAGCGCCAUUUCUCGAAUUCCAGAGAAGCAAUUUACGCAAUUGUUUUGAGGAUUUGGUUUGGUGCUUUCUUCUUCCUGUCUUGUUAUUGCCUUGUUGUCGAUUUCUUAUAUUACAGAAACAGCCAACGUUUGUCUGCUCCAUUUUGGGCAUCCGAUGUUGUUUCAACGAUGAUGGAAUUAAUCUUAUCUUGCUUUGGAUUUCUAUGGAAGAAUAGAAGGAUUGAAACCACCACUCUUCAAGAACCCCUAUUGAAUGGUGAUAUUAGAGAUUCUCGAAAACCUUCGAAAGGGGAUGAAUCUGUUACCCCUUAUGCUAAUGCUGGAAUUUUCAGCCUGUUUACAUUUUCUUGGAUUGGUCCUUUAAUAGCUCUUGGCUACAAGAAGACAUUGAAUCUGGAGGAUGUUCCUCAGCUUGCUAGCUAUGAUAGUGUUCGAGGGGCUUAUCCAAUUUUGAACGAGAAAUUGGAGUCUUAUUCCCGACAGAGCAACAACAAAUUCACGACGAUGAUGCUGGUGAAAGGAUUGAUUCUUACAACAUGGAGGGAUAUUGCGCUCUCAGCACUCUAUGUGCUUGUGUACACAUUGGCAUCCUACGUCGGCCCUUUCCUCAUGGACAAUUUCGUGCAGUACUUAAGCGGACAUCGGACAUAUAAGUACGAGGGAUAUGUGCUAGUCUCUACGUUCUUUGUUGCGAAGAUGUUCGAGUGUUUGGCGCAGAGGCAUUGGUUUUUCAAUGUGCGGCAAGCUGGAUACAGGGCGAGGGCGGCGCUGGUUGCGAAAAUCUACAACAAGGGGCUGACGAUUUCAAGCUUGUCAAAGAAAGGGCAUUCGAUUGGAGAGAUCAUAAACUUCAUUUCAGUUGAUGCUGAAAGAAUCGAAGAUUUUAGCUGGUAUAUGCAUGAUCCAUGGAUGGUGAUCAUACAAGUUGCACUUGCAUUGGUGAUCUUGUAUAAAGAUCUCGGAUUGGCUGCCGUAGCUGCGCUUGUGGUGACGAUUUUGGUGAUGUUGGCUAACUCUCCACUCGGGAGUUUGCAGGAGAAAUACCAGGAUGGACUGAUGAAGUCAAAAGACGCAAGGAUGAAGGCGACUUCUGAGGUCCUGAGGAACAUGAGAAUUCUCAAACUUCAGGCUUGGGAGCUGAAGUUUCUCGACAAAAUCUUGGAGCUUAGGAAGGUUGAGACAGGAUGGUUAAGGAAGUAUCUUUAUGCUAAAUCACUUUCAACGUUUGCCUUCUGGGGAGCUCCUAUGUUUGUGUCUGCGGUCACAUUUGGUACUUGUAUGUUGAUCGGGAACACACUCGAAUCUGGGAAGAUACUUUCUGCACUCGCAACAUUCCGAAUUCUUCAAGAGCCUAUCUAUAAUCUCCCGGACACGAUAGCUUUGAUGGUUCAGACAAAGGUGUCUCUUGAUCGAAUUGCAUCAUUUCUUUCUCUCGAUGAUCUGCAACCAGAUGCUAUAGAGAGGAUUCCAUUUAGUGAUUCAGACAUGGCUGUAGAGGUUAUCAAUGGAAACUUCUCCUGGGAUGUAUCAUCUCCCAGUCCAACAUUGAAAGAUCAUCUUAGAGCAUCCUGGGGGAUGAGAGUUGCAGUUUGCGGGACAGUUGGUUCGGGGAAGUCGAGUUUGCUGUCUUGUAUUUUGGGGGAAAUGCUGAAAAUAUCUGGGAAUAUUAGGCUAUCCGGUACAAAGGCUUACGUGCCUCAGACUCCUUGGAUUCAAAGUGGAAAGAUCGAAGGUAAUAUACUCUUUGGUAAGGAAAUGGUUAGAUGGCGAUAUGAUCAGGUUCUUGAAGCAUGUUCUCUCAAGAAGGAUCUUGAGAUCCUUCCGUUUGGUGAUCAAACUGUUGUUGGUGAAAGGGGAAUUAACCUUAGCGGCGGACAGAAGCAGAGGAUACAGAUUGCUCGUGCCUUGUAUCAAGAUGCAGACGUUUACUUGUUUGACGAUCCAUUCAGUGCUGUGGAUGCACAUACGGGGAUUCAUCUCUUCAAUGAGUGCAUUCUGGGGCUCCUGAACUCCAAAACUGUUAUCUAUGUCACACAUCAGGUGGAGUUUCUUCCAGCAGCAGACCUCAUCUUGGUUAUGAAGGAUGGAGUAAUUAAACAGGGUGGGAAGUACAAUGAUAUUCUAAUGUCGGGAAGCGACUUCAUGGAGCUUGUCGGCGCACAUGAGGAGGCGUUACAAGCAUUUAAUACGAUUGAUUCAAAAACAUCACCGUCUGAUGAUAAGGAACGUAGUUCAUUCAAUUCUAAACUUGUUCUUGAGAAGCAGGAAUCUCUAAAUGGUAGAAACGAUCAAGUCGACCUCAGGGAGAAUAUAUUGGGACAGCUUGUCCAAGAGGAAGAGCGGGAGAAAGGAAAUGUUGGAUUAUUGGUUUAUUGGAAAUAUUUCACGACCGCCUACGGAGGAUAUCUGGUUCCAUUUGCUUUGCUUGCUCAGAUUCUGUUUCUGGUACUCCAGAUUGGAAGCAAUUAUUGGAUGGCUUGGGCAACUCCGGUGUCGAAAGACAUGGCGGCGCCCGUUGGUGGCUCGACGCUUAUACUUGUUUAUGUCGCUCUAUCGAUUGGUAGUUCCUUUUGCAUAUUGGGUAGAUCCUUAGUUGUUGUGACGAUAGGCUACACAACAGCAAACAUGCUAUUCAAAAAUAUGCAUCUCAGCAUAUUUUGCGCCCCAAUGUCGUUCUUCGAUGCCACUCCAAGCGGGAGAAUUCUAAACAGAGUGUCGACAGAUCAAAGCACGGUGGAUUUGAACACGGCAUCCAUCGUUGCGCUCUUUGCUUUCGCCAUAAUACAGCUUCUUGGAAUCGUCGCUGUCAUGUCGCAGAUUGCGUGGCAGGUCUUCGUCGUUUUCAUUCCUGUGAUUGCAAUUUGGAUAUUGCUGCAGAGGUAUUACAUAGCUGCAGCGCGGGAGCUCGCCCGACUCUGCGGUGUGUGCAAAGCUCCUGUGAUACAGCACUUCUCGGAGACACUUUCAGGAUCGAGCACGAUUAGAAGCUUCGAUCAAGAACACAGAUUCCGCGACAUAAACAUGACACUGAUCGACGCAUAUUCAAGACCAAAGUUUCACACUUCCUCUGCAAUGGAGUGGCUAUGCCUUCGGUUGGACGUCUUGUCUCUUGUGACGUUUGCCUUCUCCUUGAUUUUCCUCAUUCUUAUGCCGGAAGGAACAAUCGAUCCAAGUAUCGCUGGGCUCGCCGUCACCUAUGGCCUGAGCUUAAACUCGUUACAGGGAUGGGCGGUUUGGUAUCUCUGCACCACGGAAAACAGGAUCAUAUCUGUCGAGAGAAUUCUUCAGUACACUUCGAUUCCAGCGGAACCUCCUCUCGUCGUGGAGUCGAAUCGACCGGAGAGCCACUGGCCGGCGCACGGCGAAGUUGCUAUCAAAGAUCUUCAGGUUCAAUAUGCUCCGCACCUGCCAUAUGUGCUACGCGGCCUUACAUGUACGUUCUUCGGGGGUAAGAGGACCGGGAUCGUAGGGAGGACAGGCAGUGGCAAAUCGACGCUUAUUCAGACGCUCUUCCGGAUUGUCGAACCUGCCGUGGGAGAAAUAUCGAUCGACGGCAUCAAUAUCUUGUCGAUUGGGCUUCACGAUCUACGUUCGAGGUUAAGCAUAAUCCCGCAGGAUCCAACGAUGUUCGAGGGCACAGUUCGGAGCAACCUCGACCCUCUCGAAGAGUACAGCGACGAGCAGAUAUGGGAGGCUCUCGACAAAUGCCAGCUGGGAGAUGAGGUUCGGAAAAAGCCGGGGAAGCUCGACUCUGCAGUUUCGGAGAACGGCGAAAAUUGGAGCGUCGGGCAGAGGCAGCUGGUGUGCCUUGGGCGCGUUCUGUUGAAGAAGAGUAAGGUUCUGGUGCUCGACGAGGCGACGGCUUCUGUGGACACGGCGACGGAUAAUCUAAUCCAGCAGACGCUGAAGCAGCAUUUUGCAGAUUCCACGGUGAUUACGAUUGCUCACCGGAUAACGUCUGUUAUCGACAGCGAUAUGGUGCUGCUGUUAGCCAACGGGCUGCUUGCUGAAUACGACACGCCGGAGAAGCUGCUGGCGGACAAGUCGUCGUCUUUCUCGAAGCUUGUUGCAGAGUACGCCAUGCGAUCCAGUUCUAGCUUCGAAGAUCUUUCCAACGCUUAGAAGAAGACGACGACAAUUCUUAAUUUCUUAUUUUUUUUUAUAGCGUGUAAAUCCCGGCCGCUACCAUAGGGUGUGUUAGAGGUAAAUUUACGGCUAAAUAUAAUAAUUUACGAAUUAAAUCCGACAAAAUAAAUCACACUAGGCGAACAAAGUGUAGCAUAUAAAACUUAGGCAUCCAACCAUGCCUAUCGGAGUCCAUCUUAUAAGGUAUGUUUCUUUACACACAAAUUUUGUCAAAUUU